GCCCGGGGACCCUGCAGCCGGACUUCGGUCUGAUAUUUUUUAUUGGGACUUGAUUACGGCUCCUACUUUUCAGGCUCCUGGAGGUGCAGGAUGACUCUCUUUGAUGGCGUUUACCCCUUCUACCCUCAGCAGAGAAAGAGCUUUGUUUUCGACAUCAGCACCAUCAUAGUGAUCAUCGUCUUCCUAACGCUUGCUUGCAGUUUCCUCAUCAUCAUCCCGGGCAUCCGUGGACGAGCGAGGCUGUACUGGCUAAUCCGGGUUCUCCUCAGCCUUGUUGUCGGGGUGGUGAUUGUUGCUGUCCAGUACACAGGGGACUGGGAGAGUGGCUGGGUGAAAGCAAAUACCUCCUACAAGUCCUUCAGCCGUGCCUUGGUGAAUGCGGACAUUGGGCUGCACAUCGGCCUGGCAGGAGUGAAUGUCACGCUCAUGGGAAACCCAGUGAAUCAGGUCAAUGAGACCAUCAGCUACAACGAGCACUUUGCCUGGAGCUUCGAUGCAGAUUAUGACCACAGCUACAGUGAAGGCCUGGAGAAGGGGCUGCCCAGCCCCAUCCUCUACGUGGCAGAGAAGUUCACCACGCAAAGCCCCUGUGGUGUGCACAACCAGUAUCGCCUCUCUGGCCACUACGCAUCAGCCACUCUCUGGGUGGCCUUUUGCACUUGGCUCAUCUCCAACAUUCUCUUCUCCAUGCCUGCCCUAGUCUAUGGAGGAUACAUGGUCCUGGUCACAGGGGCCUUCAUGAUCUUUUCACUGCUCUCCUUCUCCACUGUGAGGAACUCCCCGAUGUGUGCAAUCCAGUUUGGGCCUGCAUCCCUUCACGUAGGCUAUGGGGGAUCCUUCUGGCUCACGCUAGCGGUUGGCUUGCUCUGUUUUGUGAUUGGGGUCACUGUUGUUGCACUGCACUUCUUCAACUUGGACCUGCUGAAAACCUUCUUUGAUCUCCAUGUGGAUGAAGCGGAGGAGUGCCAAGAGAUGGCUGAAGUGUACGUCAACCCUCAGUUCACCAACAGUGCACUGUCUCCUCCUCAGCCCUCCACACUCAGCCCUAAGAGUAUCUAGAAGAAGGUUUUUCCCACUUCUUCACUGAGAGUGGGCCCAAGAGGGCAGAGCACGAACCCUUCUUGGGCUUCCCACAGAGAUCCAUCUCCCCAGCCAGCUGCCACCAAAGUGUGCACAUAUGUUCUGUUGGGAUGGGGACUUGCUGAGAAGUGCCUCUGAAAGCUGCAUCUCCCUGUCCACGCUGCCUGGGAAAGGGUAGACUUUGCAGAGAGCUAGCAGGCUGUAAUUGGAGCAGCUCACGGCUCUGCAGCCUUCUGAGCUGACCAUUCACCUGAGGAUCUCUGUCGCAAGAAGUGGUGUCCAUUCCUGCUCCUCACCCUGCCACAAUGUGGUGCAGUGAGUCUCCAGUGGCUGGUUCCCAUACUAAAAACCGAGCUCACUGGUGAGACUUCUUCUGCAGAGCACCCUGGAGACGCCAAAAGCCAGGGAUUAAGCCUGCCUAAGCUUUCUUUCCCAAGCACUGAUGUUUAGUGUAAACCUUUAGGUAUACCUAGGAAAGCCAGGCAUAGACCCAAACUCUGUUAAGCUGGAUGCUGUAUGAGCUAGAGUAAAAAAAUCUGCUCCAAAAAUAAGGACUGAGUAAACGUACGAUGGAGGUUACCAGGGGGAAUGCAGUGAUGCGAUGACUUUCAUAAAAUGCUUUCCGAGCUUAGGCUUUAUUACACAAGAAUAGUUGCCUAACAUAAGCCAAAAUGAUGCCACGGGAAAGGCACAAAAAGGAAGAAUGAGCUUACAUCGGCACAGCUGGAACAAACUUGUGCUGGCUGGGCUUACCGCAAAAUGCAAGCCUGAGGCCGAAAGUUAGAUCCAGCCUGCUUAUAGCCAAGGUGAGAAAUGAAGUGCAUCGAGUCACAUUAUUACAAAUAAAAGAUGUGCUCUGGGACCAGACUUGCUGACACUAUGACGUUUCCAGCAGGUACAAGGAGAUUGCCAUAGCUGAAUGUUUGAUACCUGGGCAGCUUUAGUCCAGUUAAUUGUAAGAGAGAUGAUUUCCAUAUUGUUUUGGAAAAACUCUUGUUGUUAAAUUGGACUACUUAUUUCUUUCACAUGGUAUUUGUAUUGCAUUAGUUUGAUUUGUUAUAGUCAAGAAUGAUUAUUUUUAAUAAAUUUUUUUCAAAACCA